AGUCCAGUACAGGUAUGCAGAAUAGUCGCCAAGAGGAAUAGCCACCUUUCUUAUAUGUGAGCCACAAAAACAACAUUAGGCUACUUUGUUUGGUGCGUCACCAGGUGGCGGCACUUCACCACCCGUGGGACAGCUAAUGCGCAAGAGUAUUGUACCAUCUACAGGCCAAUUGUGUGAGUUGCGUUUUUGCUUUAGUUAAAGGGCUCAGUGGUGUCUGAGUGUCAUCGACGCAGACAUCCAAACUAUGAAGAUAGCCAUAUGAUAGGCCUAACAGAACUAAUAGCUCAAUUGCCAGGUUAGUUACAUGGAGCUCAUUUGAAACAGAGCAAACGUUGCGUUGUUGGCUAUGGAGUGUGCCUAACUGCACGGUCAUCGUUAAAAUUGUGGGGUUUUGACAGGCCUUCUGUAACUAGGCCUACAUUAAUAACAAAAAUAUUGCAUUUUUAUUCACUUUGACGAUAGACUAACUAAAUGUAGACUAAAAUGUAACUAAGGCCUAAUUUGGAUAAUUAGAUUCACCCAGUUUCGCUUUCGUUUCAUCACUAGUUGGAGAGUGGAAAGCGGAAACGGGAACUUAAAAACAGCGCACCAUUUACAACAUCCAGCACUGCUAGGAGUCUUGAGUGAGAACUGUCCACACAGGUGCGGUUGCGAUGAUGUCUGAGGCAACAUUUAUUAAAAAGUUGUGUAGUAACAAUGGAUCCAUGCGUUACGACGAUUUGGUCAACGGGCUGGCAACAGAUAUCUUUUUAGGAGACGGAUAUGUUGCCUUCAACGAUGACACGAGCUGUCUUGAAAAUAGCGACAUGUUUUUAAUAGACCAGUCCACAGGCGACAAAAGGGUCAUCGCCAAAACCAAAGUUCGUGUGUGCAAGGCCAGAGAUUGUGUAGCUCCAGGCUGCGUGAAUUUGCACCUUUGCAAGAAGUUCCUGUUGGGAGACUGUCCGUUUGGUAGAGGACGAAAACCAUGUCGGUUUGGUCACGACCUCAUGUCACCGCACAACGCUCAGGUCCUGGGAGCCUCCAACCUCUUAUUGCUGGACAGGGCUGAGCUGUGUGUUCUGCUGAUGCAAAAUGACACCUCUUUUCUGCCACCGGUGUGCUACAACUACAACAAUGGGCCGGGCCAGUACGGCAGGUGCGAGGAGGCUGAGGGGUGCCGCAGACUGCACAUCUGUGAGAGGUACCUGAGGGGUGACUGUUCCUGCCCGCGUGCCCAUGACUUCCUCGAGCCCCACCCCCUGCGUACGCUGCAGGACCGUGGGGUGCCCAUGAGUCUCAUGGUCUCCAUGAAGGACAUCUACUCCAACAUUGAGGCCAUGAGGGGGCGCAACAGAGGCAGGCCUCCGCCCUCGUCAAUGAGCGCUGGGCCCGGUGCUCGCAACCAUGCUGGCAGAGGAGGUGUUGGUGGUGGGAGCAACCAGGCUGGUGGGUGCAGGCCUCCAGAAGCCACAAGAGACAAAACUGAGAUCUGCUUGUUCUUUGUGAAGGGACACUGUAAACACGAUGACUCCAAGUGUUACAAGGCCCACUCUGCUCUGCCGUACCGUUGGGAGGUGUGUGAUGGUCAAUCUUGGAGUCCACUGGCCGAUAACGAGAAGAUCGAGGAGGAUUACUGCAACCCAGCCAAGAUCUACAGUAAGGGGGUGGAGCCGGUGUGCUUCGACACGAUGACGCGUGGCUUGCGUCGCGUGCGGCGUCUGUCCACCGUCUCGUCUGUGCUGCAGCCCACCUUCGUCCUCACCACCCAGUGGGCCUGGCACUGGGAAGACGAGCAUGGGAACUGGAUCCAGUACGCCUCCGCAGCCGGAGGACACAGUUUUGCCUCCAUAACGAGUGAAGACCUGGAGCAGAAGUAUCUGCAAGACCCCAAUGCAGUGAUGGAGUUUACAGCGGGCUCCCAGACAUAUGAGCUCAGUUUACCAGAUAUGAUCCAAACCAACAAGCGUUACGGUACCAAGAAGCUGGUCAGGAGGCGACCUGUGUUUGUGUCUGCUGCCGAUGCUCAGCAAAUCAAGACCAGUAAAAAGGCACCCAAUCGAUCCAACUUUAAAGCAGUUCCAUCUCACUGGGACCAGGCCCAGACACCCGAAACUGGAUACAAGAGAGUGGCUGUGCAAAGUGGAUCGAGUGAGUACAGGGAGAUACUAAAUCUCUUCAGCUCCACCAUGCGGGGAGUCAACAUCGUCUCCAUUGAGAGGAUCCAAAACAAGUCACUGUGGGAAGUCUACCAGUGGCAAAAAGAGCAGAUGAAGAAGAGCAACGCUGGGAGAAACGUCCUGGAGAAACAGCUAUUCCACGGCACCGACUCCAAGCACAUCGACGCCAUCUGCCAUCACAACUUUGACUGGAGGAUCUGCGGGACCCACGGCACAGCCUACGGCAAAGGGAGCUACUUCGCCAGGGAUGCCAAGUAUUCCCACAGCUACACGGCGGACGCUGCCUCUGGCCGCAGGUGCAUGUUCGUCUGCCGCAUCCUGGCAGGCCACUACACCACAGGUGACCCCAGCUACCUGCGGCCGCCCUCCAAGGAUGGUGGGGACACCGUCUUCUACGACAGCUGCGUCAACGACUUCCACAACCCCUCCAUCUUUGUGAUCUUCGAGAAGCACCAGGUGUACCCGGAGUACCUAAUUCAGUACGGAGAGGGGUACGCCACCGCCACUGCCACUGCCACUGCCUAUGCCCAGCCACGCCCCAUCACCCGGUCCGCGCCAGCACCGAGAGCGGCACCGGUGUUCACAUCCAACCCAGCACCGACAGCAUACUCCUAUUCAUACGCCUCAUCUUCUGCCUCCGCGCGCCCUUCGUCAUCUGCUCAGCCACCCACAGCCGCAGCCUAUGCUUCCUCCUCCUCCUCUUCCUCACGCAACACCACCUACUACGUCCCGUCUUCCCCCUCUGCCAGAUCCACCUCUCCCAGGUCAAAACCUCAGGAUAAUAAGUGUGUCAUAAGUUAG